GCUUCCAGGGGCACUUGAACCCAGUGGGGACUCCACAAACCCCGCUAGAGUCACACAGGUAUAUGCCGCUUACAGCUGAUACCUCCAAGGAACCCUUUCUACGAGAUAACUUCUCAAAGUCUGCCCGGACAUUUGGAAAACCUGUUCCACCAAGUGACAUCCUGAAGAGUAGAUCUGCUUUUCUGUCUUCAAGUGCAGCGGCGAAGUCAAGGUCCUCAUUUCUGACCAAGUCCAAGGUGGACAUGAGGACGGGUUUCAUGAGGCUCCUGUCCCGACCAACACCGGGUGAACUUGACUUGAAGUACCACCGUGAGUCCCAGGAAAACAGUGCCAAAGGUAGACGGAGUAGGGAUGCCUCAGGACCCGAUCCAGAUAAGUUAAGUAUGACUGAGAUCAUGCGAAUGUUGAAAAGCAAAUCCGAGACUGGGAAACGUACGAUACUGGAUGCCCGAAACACUGAUGGCUGCCAAGAACCCAACACUACCUCCCGACCUGACGAUGAUGGUGGGAAGGGUGUGAAUGUGCCAACUCAAAGCAGCUCCCGUCUACAAAAACCAACAUCGAAAGCUUUGAACUACACGCACGAGAGAUGUGAUGUGGUGGGAUGUGAACCACCGCUUGUUUCAAGCAGAAACAGAAAGCACAAACUCAGGCUGCAGGCUCUGUACUCGCAACAGCAUCAAUGUCAAGCAAGGGGAACAGUAUCCAGUGAAGUCAUCACGCAGGGUCGACCAUGGAGGGACCACGACCGACGGGUUGUCGACAGGAUCAGUCAAAGACUUUCCCCACCGCGCAACGAGGUGUCGACACGUGUCAACAAUCUCUCCUUGGAUAGUCUUGAUGACGACGGUGCCCUGUCCUCGUGUCAUUCUGAGUCAUGCAGUGAUUGCUGGAGUAGUCGUUCGAGCGAUUCUGGCGACAGGAACACACCGCGGAGCACUGCAGCACUCCUCUUGCAACAGAACCAUCAAAAGGAGCGACACCACUGCCGAACGUGCACCGGGAGGAAGGGGCGAGAACACCGACGGUCGUCCCGGCCCGUCCGGCACAUCAGCUCGGGAACCCACCCCACAACCAACAGCGAGGAGAUGGACAACUGGGAUCCUCUCGGACCGAGUCACCAUAGAGUUGAAUUCGCCGAGUACAUUAACAUCAUUCACCCCAUGAGACCACCGGCCAACUCGCCUGUUAGUGUCGUAUCCGAGGACGAGUACGAACUUAUGAAUAUGGAUGAGGAGACUGACCAAUGGUCGAUGAGUUAUCGCACGAAAGGCGCCAGUAGUAUUAGUUGUUUAGCUAAGGGUAAAGUUAGGAUUGAAUCAGACGGGGAGAGCAAGGCAAAAAUUAACAUUUUCUUGCCACAAAUGAAAUAAUUUUCAAAAUAAUAAAAUAAUAAUAGGCCUACUAUGAUGCACUCCUAAAAUUAUGUCCA